AUGGUUAGUGGACUCUCCACAGGAUCCUCCAACGGCGGACACCCUCAGUACUGCUCUUUCUUCUCAGAAUCAGUCCAUCUCGCCUCAGCCAUCGCCCUCGCGGGAGAAUCCGAGUUAUUCUCUGGAUAUUCAUCUAAGGACGAGCACGAGCUCCGAGAGUUACAUCGGAUACCCGAAAAACCAGAAAAUCUCACUUAUUCUCAUAAGCGUAAAAUCAAACAUGCUUCCCGACAACAAAACAAGGAAAAUGCUCCGUCCAAGUCAACUCAGGAAAAUGACAACAGCAAAACCACUACUACCACUACCACCGCCGUUGCCCAGCAAUCUGAUCCUCAAAAGGCUUUAAACACCACAAUCUUCACGUCGUCGGGUCAACGAUUGCCGCCUGGCGCCGUUGCCACCCCCAUUAGCAACAUCGGUCGCCCCCUCCUUCGACGAAAAGGACUGAAUGCUGCAGUCACCUCUGAGUCUCAUGCCGAGACAACCAUUGUCCGAGGCUACGAAGCCUCUGCCACAACCGGUCGUAACCCCCAGGACGCCAGGGGUGUUGGAUCCAAGGAAGCCGCUUCUAUCGAAGAGGAUCCAAAGCCGGACGAUGAUCGGAAGGGGCCGAGCGACGAGACCCUUUCAGUUGCGGCCGGCGGACAGCACCUCGCUGCGAUACGUGCUACAAUUGAGCAGUACAGGAAACUCCAGAUGUCCAAGGUGGAUGAUGAUGAGGAGGAGGACGAUGUUGAUGGCGAGACAGACGAUUCUUGGAUGUACGAGAAGCCCCAAGCAGAGUUCAACUGCAAUGUAGUUGUUGCGUCAUCUCCUUUGGAACCUGCCUGCCGGAACAUCAAAACGAGAUGCAUUUAG